AUGAUUUGUUCCUUAAAGUCUGAAGAUUCAUUGAGCAAAGAUCUUGAAAGAUUUUGGAAACUGGAAAGCUAUGAUGAUAAUAAGAUAGGAAACCUAUCCUUUGACGAAAUGGAGUGCGAGCGACAUUUAGAGCGAAAUACUACGCGAGAGGAUGACGGUAGAUUCAUUGUAAGGUUGCCAUUUCGCAAAAAAAACAAGCUUAUUGGUAACAACAAGGAAAUAGCAUUGAGACGAUUGUAUCAACUUGAACGCAGGUUCAAGGGCAAUAACGCCUUUUAUACUCGAUAUGCAAAGUUCAUGUCCGAAUAUAUCGAAUUAGGGCAUAUGUCGAUCGCAAGCAAACCUUUAGAUAAUUGCGAAAACAUGGUCUAUCUCCCUCACCAUGGAGUGCUCAAAGAGAGUAGCAGUAGUAAUAAGCUACGUGUUGUGUUUGACGCAUCGUUUAAAAAUAGUAAAGCUACGUCACUGAAUGAUGCUCUUUUUGUCGGGCCCACGUUGCAAGACAAUUUAGUUGACAUUGUUAUUAGAUUCAGAUUUUAUGAUAUAGCGAUAACUGCCGAUCUGCAAAAAAUGUAUCGCCAAGUGUCGGUACACAGCGACGAUCCGAUACGAUGCUUGAGGCAACUCGCUACUGAAGGUUCAGAGUGCUAUCCAUUGGCAACUCAAGCGUUGUUAAAUGAUACGUACUUGGACGAUAUAAUUACCGGUGCAAACACGAUCAAGGAUGCACAAAUUUUGCAAAAGCAAUUAGUCAAUUUGUUAUCCAAGAGAAAAUUUGAAGCCCAUAAAUGGUGUUCAAAUUCGAGUCUUGCAUUAAAAAAUGUUCUUACAGAAUUGUUGGAAUUGUGCAGCGCAGUAUUGUUAGCAAGAUUAAUUAACAAUGUAAAACGAACGUUAACUGUGCCCAUUGACGAAAUACGUGCUUGGUCGGACUCGAUGGUGGUCCUUUACUGGUUACGAGGAGAUUCGAAUCGAUGGAAACCUUUCGUAGGUAAUCAAGUGUCUGAAAUCACCGACAUUCUGCCGGCUAUACAUUGGAGACACGUGAAAAGUUCUGAGAAUCCCGCGGAUUUAAUAUCCAGAGGAGCUACACCUACACAACUUCUAGAUAAUUCGCUGUGGUGGCACGGCCCCAAAUGGUUGUGCGAUCCACCAGUGAAGAGAAAUUAA